CCUUUGUACCUCGACGACACGGUUGAUUUUGACACAGCUGUAAAACGGAUUUUGUGGGGCAAAUUUCAAAAUGCCGGACAGCUUUGUUUGUCCCCGGACUACCUCAUGUGUUCCGAACCUCUCGCCAAAAAGUUUGUUGAGAAAGCACAAACAAUCAUCGCCGAUUUUUUCGGCGAAGACCCGCAAAAAUCGGACAGUUUUGGGCGAAUCAUCAAUGCCAGUCAUUUCAAGCGUCUGGAAAGGCUGUUGGAAACAGGGCACGGGAAAGUCGUUGUCGGAGGAAUAACUGACGAGGCUGAUUUGUACGUAUCUCCCACGAUUAUCGUUGAUGUUUCCAGAAAUGAUGCGGUUAUGCAGGAGGAAAUUUUCGGGCCUAUACUUCCGAUAAUUAUCAUGGACACCGCGGGAGACGCUGUGGAUUUCAUCAACAGUCGGUGAGGAGAUCAUCAAAAUUUGAAUGAUGA